AUGGAUACCACUCAGGCUAUCUCCAACCCGUUGCGGUUUAUUGAUCUCCUCCAUCAUGAUGCAACUCGAGCGGAAUCGUCUCAAGAUGGAUCGGUCAAGUUUGAAGAAUCAAUUUCCCGAUCCUUCCGAUCUUUGCUCAGCAACGAUGACUCAAUUUAUCAGAUUCCCUCGAUAACGCAUCCUCUUACCCCACCGGAAUCGCUUCCCAGGGAAUCCCUUGUUCGCUUUCGAUGUAUGAUUCAAGAUACCGGAUUGGGACCUGAGCUUUAUUCCUCUCAAGACUCGGCUGGCGGAUGCAUGAUGUAUCGAGAAUCGAAAUCGUGCACUAACGUCAAUCCAGUAGACACCUAUCAUCAUGGAGUGCUGUCUGAACGUGAAUUAUACUAUGGCGUAGAGAUUCCGGGGGAAGCUUCAUGGGUUCAAUCUGCUUUAGAUGGGUCUCCAGAACGUGGUUUAGAGUAUUCACUCAACAAAUUAGAUAUGGUGGACAACGAGAUGGAAAGUGGUGCUUUUCACAAGGCUGACGUGUCUAAGCUAGAAGGAACUCGCAACAAGUAUCCUAUCCGUGGCCAGAAGCAUGUUGGAGCUCUCCUAAAGCUUUAUGACCCAUCCGAUAACCAGCUGAUCAAAACAUCCGAUGUAAUUGAAGUGAUCGGCGUUCUGGAUUGGACACCGUUUCUUUCCGAAAACCAUCACGAAGCUCUAGUCGCUGGCAAAGCGAAUGAUGAUACUCUUUCAGUUACAUCGUCUAUCCCAUGCGUCCACGUGGUCUUUUGCCGUACACCGCCCCUCCCUCUGCUAGAAAUUUCAAGUCAGAAAGCUGAGCGCAGCAUUGUCGUUGAUCGACUCUUAAAUUACCUCUCAAAUAAGGUUUUCAAAGCAGAUGACCUGGCAGCUCAGUACUUGCUUUCUUCUUUGGCAGCCAAAAUCCACACUCGUCUAAAUGGAUUCACUAUUGGAGCUUUACCCUUGAACUUGAUCUACAAGGAUGACCCACAUUCCGCCUCUUGUCUAUCAACUGUCCUAUCGGCAAUUCUCCCCAAAUUUCUCACGAUCCCUCUCACUGUCCCUUCUUUGAACCAAGCGCCGCUUUUCCCGGUCUCAAAUGAAAGCUCUCUGCAUUCUGGACCCUUGCAACUAUCACCUGACACAACUCUAUUGAUUGACUCACGAACUAUGUCCGAGGGCCAACUUAACUCCAUGGGAAUAAAAAAUCUGGAAGCUCUCAAGAAAGUGGUGAACGACGGCAAACUGAUGUAUAGCUUCCCUUAUAGCACAUUUGAUUUCGACGUCGAGAUCGGAAUGAUUACUCUUAGCGAAGGCUGCAAAACAUUUUUAGAAGGCUUUUGGCCGUUACCUAUUCAUCACUCGAAAUCUCAUGAUGCCUCUCUCUGUACAGAGCCGACGGUAGAGGAACUUAAUGCGUGGAGAGGACUCAUUCAGGAUAUGAGGAAGCGCCAGAUUAUUAUCCCUGAAUCGGUAUCUUCCGAAAUUCAAGAGGCGUUUGUUUCGAUACGGAAAUCAGCCACCACCCUCACAGAUGCCGACAAAGCCAUGAGUCAAGAUGAUCUGAGCCAGCGCCUACAAUUGGCUAGAUUGCUGGGUCUUCGACUGGGCAAAAAUGAAGUCGACUUGGAAGAUUGGCACCAAGCAUGCAAGCUAGAAAAACUCCGCAAGAUUAGGCUAAGCACUAAAUAG